CCAAAAGCUGUCACUGUAACCGAUUUUUUUUCGGACGUUAAAACAAAUUAACUACGGAAAUGCAAAAAUUGCGGUCGCUAAGUUUUAUUAAAACUUUAAAUAGCAAAUAAGGUAUGUCUUAUGGAAAUAUGACAACUGCCGGCAUGUCACAUCAAGACAUGCUGGAGGGUGCAGGCAGACUGGUUGACAAGCAUUUAUUGGAAGACCGAACUAGUCUAGACCUUUCAGAGCUCUUCAAAGUUCCCAUACAUAGUCAGCCGACAGUGAGUGGUCUUCAUGACUUUGACUAUCCCAGUCUGCUGGACACCGGUGUGGGGUUGGAGGGACUGUCCGAAAUCUCGCAGAUCAAACGUGUGCCCCUCCCGCCAGAAUUGGUGGAACAGUUUAGCCGGAUGCAGUGUAAUUGUAUGAUGGGGCUGUUUCCGGACAUUGACCGGGCAUGGCUGUCAAUUGACAGUGACAUCUUUGUGUGGAAGUUUGAAGACGGUGGAGAUUUGGCCUAUUUUGAUGGGAUAAAUGAGACAAUACUGUCUGCAGCAUUGGUGAAGCCAAGGAAAGGGAUAUUCCAGUCCCACAUUCAGUUCCUGCUGGUCCUGGCAACCCCUGUGGAUAUUGUCCUUCUUGGAGUCAGCUUUUCACAUACAAAUUCGGAAUAUGAUGAAAUGCAUCUCCUCCCGGAACCACUCUUCUCCAUACCAACUGACAACACUUACAUCAUGAACAUUGUGGGAACUGAAAGUGGACGCAUAUUUAUGGCUGGAAAAGAUGGAUGCCUGUAUGAAUUGGCUUACCAGGCAGAUGAUGGAUGGUUCAGCCGUAAAUGUCGAAAGAUCAACCAUUCGACCAGUACCCUCUCGUUUCUUGUACCAUCUUUCCUCAACUUCUCAUUUGGCGAGGAAGACUCACUGGUUCAGAUCAAAGUUGACAACACUCGAAACAUCUUAUACUGUCGCACAGAGAAGGGCACCAUACAGGUGUAUGACCUUGGAGUGGAUGGAAGGGGCCUGUCAAAGGUUGCAUCUAUACCCCUACAGAAUAUAGUGCAUAAUGCUUCACAUGUGGCCAGAACAAUUGACAGAUCUAACUUCAAGCCACUAGUCCACAUUGCACCGAUACCAAGCACAGAAUCGACAAAUGUACAUCUGGUGGCCAUCACACAAACUGGUGUGCGGCUGUAUUUCACCACCAACCCAUUCGGAAGUCAGAAGGGUCGCCCCAGCAUGUUGACGCUGAUCCAUGUACGUCUCCCGCCAGGAUUUCUCACGUCUGCCGCUCCACAGAGGCCCAAUAAUAUCCAUAUGGCCUACUAUCAACAAGGUUGCAUGUUGUUGAUGGCCUCACAGAGUGAGAAUUCUGACCUGUUGUGGACAGUUGGCAGCGAUUCCUUCCCAUUUCACAACCAGCUCAUGGAGUCACAUACGACAGUGCCAGUGGAUGGAAGGACAUGGUCGGUGUGUGAGGUGGAAUACCAGAGACCUUCACAAACAGAAGGGGAUAUUAAUGGGCGGGAUCCUCCAGUAGUGGUUACCCAACACGCCCAGCCGCCCAGGAAGUUUGUGGUCUUGAGUGCUCAGGGGAGCCACAUAGUGAGCAAGCUGCGGCCGGUAGACCAGCUUCGACAGCUGUUGAUUGACUGCCAAGGGCCUGACGCUGAUGAGGUGAAGGCCUUCUUCAGACUACACAAGAUAGAGCAAGCCUGUGCCACAUGUCUUAUCCUGGCUUGUAACCGGCUUGCCUCAGACCAGCAGGUUGCAGAUUGGGCCAAGAUGGCCUUUUUCCAAUAUGGAGGAGAGGCAGUUUACACAUACGGAGCCGGGGAUCGGCAAAUGAUGCCUAGCAAUAUUGGGCCUGCAGGUGGUGGUUAUGGCAGUAUGUCCAUGUACAGCCCCGGUCCCCAGCAGCAGCACAGUUUCACCCUACCUACCCCCAUGCAAGGCAUGCACCCGACCCAGGCUUCAACUCCCAUGAUGUAUGGAGCCCAGCCCAUGUACCCACCCAUGGACAUGACGAUGCAGGGCGGCCCUGGGUUUAUACAGAACAUAUCCUUCUCCGGAAAACACAAUGGCAUCUGUCUGUUCCUUUCAAGAAUACUCAGACCUAUAUGGGAGAUGUCGGUCACUAAAGAGUUCCCCUGCCAAACACCAGAAGGGACCAUUGUCUAUCUAACCUGCAACUUUGCGAGUGAAGACCUUGGAUUCAUUCUGGACAAUGUUAGAGAGCUGUCUGACUUUGUGGACUUUAAUUCUAAGUUUGAUAUGGGACCUUCAGAUAUGGGUGGUAUGGGAGGGGUCCCCUUUACCCCUCACAUCAUGGGCCACAUGGAUGAACAGACUAGGAGAAAAUUGCAAGUUGAAGCUCAGAAGCUGGAGAAAGUCUCGCUUCAACAUGUGCAGGAGCUGAUCCACAGAGUGGAGGAAGUGCUGGGUCUGUUGAGGGUGUUAGUGGAUCACCAGUUCCACACACUGGCUGCCUGCCUUACAAAGGACCAACAAAAUCAGCUGAAAACUCUCUCCCUGAAACAGUUUGCCAUCACUGGAAAAGAGCUGUGUGGAAGUAUGAUACAGAACCUGAUCAAUCGCUACAUAGACGACAACGCCACAACAGACGCCAUCAGUAUAAGGUUAAGGGAAAUCUGUCCUUCCCUCUACAGCACUGAUGAUGCUACUUGCUCUAAGGCAAAUGAGAUGCUGCAAGCAGCCAAACUGAGUCAGAGCCCAGCAGAGAGGAGGCAGCGACUUAUGGAGGCACUUAGGUUAUACAAAAACGUCAACCAGCCCCUGGCCUUGUCAGAAGUGUGUAAUCAGUUUGCCAGUGUCCACUUCUAUGAGGGCAUAGUGGACCUGUGCCUGACUAUGGCCAACAAGCGUGACCCACAGAGGUUGGCCCUGCACUUCUACCAUGAUGACAUGCCUGAAGAUAUGCAAGGGGUACAGGAGCUUAUGGCCAGGAAAGACUGUUACAAGUGUAUCACAGAGACACUGGGUUAUCUGAUGACGGCCAGUGUGCCUCAGGGUGCCACUGUUAUACCCAAGUCUCCGGGUCCCCCUCCAGCACCGGACGCCAGCAGGAUGUCCAUAGAGGAUGCUGAUCAUUAUAAGAAUGAAGUGUUCCGACUGGCCCUGAAGUCUGAUGAUGAGCUGUUCCAUGUCUCUUUGUAUGAGUGGCUGUUCAAUAUGAAUAUGACAGAAAAACUACUGGAGAUCCAGACCCCAUUCCUAGAGCCAUUCUUGAAGCAGAGGUCCAGCUACCAAGCCGGUGAUGUGGCAGCCCUUGACCUGCUUUGGAAAUAUUACGAGAAGAUUGAGAAUUACCCUGCAGCUGCUAGAAUAUUGGCCAGGCUGGCAGAGAGACAUGGUACUGAUGUUGAUCUCCAGAAGAGGAUUGUUCUUCUUUCACGAGCCAUUAUGUGUGCCAAGAGCGCCACAUCUAGGGUUGCGUCGGCUGCAGAGGGAGAGUUCUUGCAUGAACUUGAGGAAAAAAUGGAGGUUGCGAGACUACAGAUGAAUGUAUUACGUGCACUGAGCCAGGAGACAAUCGGUGGUCCAAAUGUCCAGGAAGCCAUCUCAAAAUUGGAGUCUGACCUCCUUGACAUAACAAUGUUGUAUGAGGAGUUUGCAGACCGGUUUGACCUGUCUGAGUGUAAGCUUGCCAUUGUCAACUGUGCCGGCCUGUACGACAGUGCCCUCAUUGAGAAUCUCUGGCAAAACAUCGUAGACAAAGAGUUUGAGAACACACGGUCCAGUGCAACUUCUGUGAGGGUAAAAAACAUCGGCAACAAAUUGUGUGCAGUUGGGAAAACUUACUUCAAGGCAGAGCGAUAUUUUCCAUUCCCAUUUAUUACAAAGUACUUGGAACAGCGUAGUUGUGAGAAUGGUAUGGACGUUGGAUGGGUGUACCAGCUCAUGUUGGACAUUGGUGUGCCUGCGCUAAGGCUGCUAGAACUGUAUGACCGCAUGUUCAAGUCAAGGGACCCCUUCUGGUCAAGCGUGGACCGGCCAUGGCAUCUGUUACACGUGAUUCACCAUUUCCUGAACAAGCUUGCCAGCAACACCGCUGUCAUACCCUUGUAUGAGAGACGUCAGUUUAGUACCCUGGGUCUUGACUACAUUGCCUGCUAUCUGGUUGAGCUACAGUCUGUCAGCAGCGUUGACCCCAACGUUCGUACCCUCGUACAAAGCUUCAGAAAUUUGCAGGGCAAGAUGGAGAGAUUGUGAUUUCUGGCUGACUGAAUUAAUUUGUAUGUUACUGGAACAAUCUAAUAUCGGUGAUUUUACAGAUAGUUAUUAUGACAGAGUGGUUUUGUUCUAAAAUGCAGAAACACAAACAAUUAUGAGACAAAAAUGGUUGAAGAGGCUUAAAAAAUAUAACUAUUAUUGUUGAUAACACAGAUAGUUAUAGUGCUCCAAUUUCACCAUAUGCCAAAAAUGAAGCAGAACAGAUUAAAUGUGCCUGACUGAGAAAAUGUUGGAUAGAAUUUAAUUAAUUCUACGCAGAAAUAUUUCAUUUUACAAUCAGGUUUGUUCAAAUAUACCUGUUCAUACAAAAUAGAUAAGUCUUGUGAACUUCCAAGAAAAUAUUUUUAAAUAGUAAACCUCAGAAUUGUGUUGAUUGGAAAUGGUGCAAGUAGAUAAAGAUAAUUGUUUAACUAUUACGAGGUUGUACCAUAAUUAUAGUGAGCAAUUGGAAGAUUGUUCAUGCACCAAGAAAUGAACUUGCAUUUUACCAUUUUUUCAUUUCAUUCAUUUAUGCCAUUAUCUGUAUAUUGUAAAAGCUCUAAAGAUGGUUGAUAGAUAUUUAAUGUUUAAAUACUUUGCUGUAUGUAAAUUGUGUUCAUUUUUCAGAAUGAAAUGACAUAAAAAUCCUGUUGUAAUGUAAUGUUGUCACAUGAAAAUGAACACAGUUUGUAUUGUCAUUUGAAGAAUGUUAAAUAUGACCUAUUUUUGUAAAGGAGAUCAUAAAUGAAUAAAUGUGAGGUUAAAACUAG